GCACUUGCACAGCUCUCUAUUCAGCAAUGCGCUGGGAGAAAUUAUAUUUCAACUUUCUUCUUUUUUAUUUGCAGUUUUUAGGAUGUGUAGUUUAUUCCAGAGCGAAGGUGGGCCCGAAAGUAACGGAUAAGGUGUUUUUCGACAUCACUGUAGGCGGGCACGAGGUCGGGAGGAUUGUAAUCGGCCUUUUUGGAGAGGUUGUACCUAAGACAGUGAAGAACUUUGUCACACUCGCCUCUGGAGAGAAAGGAUAUGGAUACAAGGGAAGCAAGUUUCAUCGUGUCAUCAAAGACUUUCUGGUUCAGGGAGGUGAUUUCACAGCUGGAGAUGGAACCGGAGGUAAGAGCAUCUACGGUAAAACAUUUCCAGAUGAGAACUUCAGGCUAAAGCACCAGGGUACGGGCUGGGUCAGCAUGGCUAAUGCAGGCGCCGACACCAACGGCUCCCAGUUUUUCAUCACUUUAGCUCGUGCUCCUUGGCUGGAUGGAAAGCAUGUCGUCUUCGGCAAGGUCUUGGAAGGCAUGACUGUAGUUCACACUAUUGAGCUUCAGGACACGAAUGACAGGAACCUGCCCUACACAGAGUGUGUUAUAGUGAACAGUGGGAGGAUUGUGGUCAAGGAGCCUUUUGUCGUAGAAGUGGAAGGUUGGUAGUUUGGCACGCCAGAGCAUCUGUGGACCUCAUUUACCUCCCACCAGCAUUUAAAAUGUUAUUAUUGAAUUAUUAAAUAUGUUCUCCACCAUUAUAAUAAAACCUUGGGACAGCUAUUGGAAUUGGUUCAAUGCUCACUUAAACAUUAAUAAUAGAGCAGCAUGGUGGUAUAGCAGGUAGUGUUGGUGCCCCAACUUCGUAGUUUGAGUUUUAAUGCAAUUACUGUCAGCUCACUUAGAAACACUGAUUGCAGAGCUUGAUUAUAUUGACCAGAGAUGAAGUUCAAACCUGAGUCAUCAGAAUCUUGAAUUUGUGACAUUUAUACCACCUGCUACAGCUCUGCUUUUUUUUUUGAGCUAUAGUGUAAAAAGUAGUUUUAUUGUUUUAAGUCACAAAUGCUUUACAUUGAAGGAUUUCUGAACAGCCCUUCAACUUCUGUUGUAUUUAAAUAUUGAGCAAAUACCUUUUUUUGUCAGAAAUCUGUAGUAAUCACUAUUCACUGAAAAUGUUAAGUUAAAAAAAAAUAAACAAUUCAUUUUGUUAAGCACAGCAAAACCUGACAGUCAUUAGUCAACAAUUAUUCAAACAUUAAAACACAUUACUGAGUUUUGUCAGCAAGGCUUUGGGCUUUAGAUAAUUCAAAAUCUGUUUACUGUAGCGAAUGUCCUAGUAAUGUGGAACCAUAAUGUGAACAUAUCUGGAUACGCCUUCAAAAUAUCCUUUUCAUUUCCCUUGAGAAAUUGUUACAUACAUGUUUACAUUUGAUGGGAUUAACAUGCAGCUUGUUCCCAGAGGCUCCGUAUCGAUAUGAACCACCUUCCCUGGUUUUAAUAAUUUGUUAUUAAUAGAGCUCCUGUUUAUGAUGUAACUACCGUAUGUUUGCAAAUGCUUAAUAAUAAUACUAUUUUCCCUGCUCUAAACAGAAAUUUAUCAUUACAAACGAAGCACUGUUUCAAGAGAGAUGUAUUUGUUAAAAGUUUUCAUAAUUCACCAUGACUUAGGUUUUUAAGUUCUAGGUCACCACCAUUAGAAAAAGCCAUUCUGAUUAAAUUAUGAGUGUCAGGAUCAGUACUGGGCUGAGGAAUGUUUAUAAAUUUUAUCGUCAUAUGUGUUGACUUGCACAACACCGAUUAUUAGACAGUAUUGUUAUUGGUAUUGAGUGAUAUGAAAGUAACAUAUUCAGUAUACAUACGUUAAAUAAAAAGUCCUGGGGACCAACAAACUCAUAGUGAUCCAUUAAAAUAUAAAACACAUCACAGAGUUUCAUAUCAACAAGUUAUUUAUGGGUAACAAAGAAUGGUGGCAGUGAUGAAGAACAGUAAGAUCUAGAACUAGAUCCUUUCCUUUUUAAAGGAAAAUUCAAUCCAAUCUUACUAUUGUUUACUUUUAAGAACUUUAUGUAAUGCAUGUAUCAUGUAUACGGAAUAAUUGUGUCCUGCAGUAUGUGUUAUUACCUACCUAAAAUUUAUGUUAUAUGUCUAGCUUGGUUUGUUUGAAAUAAAAUGCUGUGGUUAAUAUGCAUUAAAAUAAUAUAUGACAACAAGCAUAUGGUAGGCUUUUAUAAUAUCACAUUGAACUGUAAUAUACAGUAGAUGAUUUAUAUUAUUUUUAUUACUCUGUGUACACCUUAAUCGUUCUUAUUUGUGGUACAUCAGAUUUGUAAAACACAUCAUGUGAUGACUGGGACAUCGACUCGUGCCAAAUAUUUUUUACAUACCUGCCAAGUUAUUAUACUCGCAUCUCAGGAUUUAGAAGUUGAGCGAAAUUCUUUCCUGUUUACAGUUAUACAAACAGGUGAGUGAUUGUGGGAAAACUGAAUUAACUGAAUGUGCUGUGCCAAAAAAAUAUUCUUGACAGUAUUGUGAGAUGCAAUUUAGAUUAGGACAUAUUGAAGACAUGGAUUGUGUUUUUUAAGAGUAUAUUAAAGUAAACAGAGUGGAGUCUUUACUGUAUAUUAAGCUGAUGCAAUAUUUUACCACUGUUUAUGUAUAUCAUGGUUAUUCACUGUUUUAUUGUUUCAUUUUAAGCUGUCCAUUAUUACCUGAGAUUUCGUGAAGCAUCUGUAAUAAACUAGUUCACUGUAAUAA